AUGGUUUUUAGUGCUAUUUUCUCUUCCUUGUUAAAACCAAAUCCUGUUCAUUCAUCUAGUAUAGUUCAAAAUAGAAGCGUUUCUGACAGUUAUUCAUGUUUUGGCAUUGUAAGCAAAGAAGAUGUUCUUUCCGCAGUUUCUGAACAUGUUGGCCUUGCUUCUUGUGCCAAUGAGCUCGUAAAGGUUGAACGGUUCUUUCACGUUUUCUACGCCUAUUUCUUAACAUCUUCAAGUUGUCCACGACGAGUUCUUCUGCGUAUUGUUUGCAAGAUUGCCACAAGUUGUGCUAAAAUUGCCGUUUGUGAGAUUCCAAUUGUCGAGACUCCAUUACAUGUUGCUGCAAGCUUUGGGAGGACUCAUUUUGCUUUGGAAAUUGCUACCUUGAAGCCUUCGCUUGCACUGAAGCUGAACCAUAUUGGCCUUAGCCCUAUGCAUCUGGCACUACGAAACGGGUAUAUCCACACGGCAAGAGGGCUUAUAACGGUUGACCCCGAGCUAAUUCGGGUAAAAGGAAGGGAGAGGAUUACUCCUUUGCAUUAUGUAGCUGGAACAGAACAAGUCGAUCUCUUGGCUGAAUUUUUAUCGGUUUGUCCAGGGUCCAUUGAGGAUUUGACCGUUCGAUGUGAGACUGCCGUUCAUGUUGCUGUGAAAAAUCACAAGUCUAGAGCUGUUAAAGUCCUGGUUGGUUGGCUUCAGCGGGUCAACAAGGAAGAGAUUCUAAACUGGAAGGAUGAGGAUGGUAACACUGUCUUGCAUAUUGCAACCUCCACAAAUCAACCAAAGGUCAUGAAGUCAAUUAUUAGACAUGUCAAUGUGAAUGCAAAGAACCUCCAAGAUUCGACAGCUAUGGACAUCUGCCUUCAAGAAGAAUUACAGCAGAAUGAAGUUGGGGAUAUUCUUCGCCAUGCCAAAGCUAAGCGAGCUUCAUCUCUUGCUACCUUUACUAUAACCCUUGCGGAUUACCUGAGUCAGGAACCAUCGCUUCUUGAGAAAAGGGACAAGCACCUACGACUCAAAGGCCAAAACCAAAGGAAAUCCCGCGGCAACAUUGGAAAUGUAAUACUUGUGGUGGCCAUAUUGAUUGCAACAGCAACUUACCAAUCUGGUCUCAGCCCUCCUGGUGGAUAUUGGCAAGAUGACUACGAUCCUCCAGCCAACAACACCAACAACCUCUCUGCCACCUACCUGGGGAAAGAAGGGCGACCACAUCGAGCAGGAGACAUGAUCAUGGCCCCAGCGUCGAUCUUUGUCUUCUUCACUCUUAAUAGUAUAGCCUUUUAUGCAUCCGUUUCCACAAUUCUUAUAAUCAUAAUGGGGCUUCCUUACUCAACCACAUUAUACGUUUCUGCAUGUUUCUUCUUGUUAGCUUACUCGACUUCAUUGGCUAACAACUUCCCUUAUCCGCCACAGGAAAAUUUGACAAACACAGUUGCUGGUAUUAUAUAUGCGCAUGUAACUUACUUGUUCACAGGAAUGAUUAUUUUGAUCACUUUGGUGGCACUUCUUCGGCAUAAGAGGCUGAAAUGGAGGGUAGAUUUUCUGGGAAGAAAUCUGGGUGAUGCUUUAUAA